CCGAGCGAGCGGCGGACUCCCGGAGACCUCCAGGCCCUCAGCGAGCGUCAAGCCUUCCCCGAAGCCGGUGUUCCAGUGCUGCUCAAGCGGCGUGACGAGAGCGAAAUGUCCGGGGUGAAGAAGCUUCGUACGGAUGUAAACAGGUCGACCAACGUGGUGUACCAGGAUCAUCAUGUCAGUCGGACUAAGAGAGGGCAGGUGGUGGGCACCAGGGGCGGCUUCAGGGGCUGCACCAUCUGGCUCACUGGAUUGUCUGGUGCCGGGAAGACGACCAUCAGCUUCGCCCUGGAGGAGUGCCUCGUGUCCCACGGUAUUCCUUGCUACUCCCUGGACGGGGACAACAUUCGACACGGCCUGAACAAGAACCUGGGCUUCUCGUCUGAAGACCGUGAGGAGAACAUCCGGCGCGUGGCCGAGGUGGCCCGGCUGUUCGCAGACGCCGGCCUUGUGUGUGUCACCAGUUUCAUUUCUCCUUUCACCAAGGAUCGUGCCGAGGCAAGAAAGAUCCACGUCGAUGCUGGCCUCCCGUUUUUUGAAGUUUUUGUGCACGCUCCUCUCGAGGUGUGCGAGAGCAGGGAUGUAAAGGGACUCUACAAGAAAGCCCGUGCCGGAGAGAUCAAAGGUUUCACUGGGAUUGAUUCAGAUUAUGAGCGCCCCGAGGCACCAGAGCUCGUUCUGAAAACUGGUGAGCUCUCUGUGAAUGAAUGUCUGAACCAAGUGUUGGAUCUACUCAUUGACCAGAAUAUCGUUCCAAGCGAGAUCGUCGAGGAGGUGAACGAGCUCUUCGUUCCCGACAACAAGCUGAAUCUGGCUGUGGCCGACGCAAAGACGCUGCCCACCAUCAGCAUCACCAAGCUGGAUCUGCAGUGGGUGCAGGUUUUGGCAGAAGGCUGGGCGAGUCCCCUGAAGGGCUUCAUGAGGGAGAAAGAGUUCCUCCAAGUCCUCCACUUUGGGAACCUGUUGGACGGUGGUGCCAUCAACAUGUCGGUCCCCAUCGUCCUGCCGGUCAGCACCGAGGUCAAGGAGGCGCUGGAUGGCAGCACGGCAGUAGCGCUGGAGUACCAAGGGUCGCGCGUGGCUAUUCUCAGGAACCCUGAGUUCUACGAGCACCGCAAGGAGGAACGGUGCGCCAGACAGUGGGGCACCACCUGCCCAAAGCACCCCUACAUCAAGAUGGUCAUGGAAGGAGGCGACUGGCUGGUCGGCGGCGACCUGGAGGUGCUGGAGCGGAUCAAGUGGAACGACAAUCUCGACGACUACCGCCUCACCCCGAGGGAGCUCAAGCAGAAGUUCAAAGAAAUGGAAGCAGAUGCGAUUUUCGCCUUCCAGCUGCGUAACCCGGUCCACAAUGGACACGCCCUGCUCAUGCAAGACACUAAGCGGCGUCUGCUGGAGCGCGGAUACAAAAAGCCGGUUCUCCUGCUCCACCCCCUGGGCGGCUGGACCAAAGACGACGACGUACCUCUGGAGUGGAGGAUGAAGCAGCACGCCGCGGUCUUGGAGGAGGGCGUCCUGGACCCGGCCAACACCAUCGUCGCGAUCUUCCCGUCACCGAUGAUGUACGCCGGGCCCACAGAGGUCCAGUGGCACUGUAGAGCCAGAAUGGUCGCCGGAGCAAACUUUUACAUCGUCGGCCGGGACCCCGCAGGCAUGCCGCACCCGGACACAAAGAAAGACUUGUACGAACCCACCCACGGAUCCAAGGUGCUCACCAUGGCUCCCGGCCUCACCUCCGUGGAGAUCAUCCCCUUCAGGGUAGCAGCUUACAACAAGACAAAGAAAGCCAUGGACUUUUUCUGCCCGGAGCGUAAGGCUGAGUUCGAGUUCAUAUCGGGAACCAAGAUGAGGAACCUGGCUCGGAGCGGGGAGAACCCUCCUGACGGCUUCAUGGCACCCAAGGCCUGGAAAGUGCUGGUGGAGUACUACUCCACAGCUCAGAAGAAGGAGUAACCAGCGCCGAGCUCUCGGGCCGUGGAGCGAGGAAGCUGGUUGUUGGAGCAGGGAAACAGUGUGUGUUUUCCUCUUUUGUGGGAUGGGUUCAAAUGAUGUGUUUUCAUGGCUGGGGCGGCUGUUUUGUCUUCACCAAAUCAAAAUGAACUGUCUUUGAAGAAACCCCAGCUAUACAAAGACUUGUGGGCUUUAAUAUGCUGUCAUCAAUCUCCUCUAUUAAUUUGGAUAGGAAUACCCAAAUUAAUUUUUUUUCCAUGAUAUUUUAUUUUUUAAAAGAAUCCUGUUAUUUUAAUAUAUUUUUUAACUUAAGGGCAUUGCAAUAACUUUUCUAUGCAGACGAUGUGCAAGCUUCGAAAUAUAGUGCAGAGACAUUUUACUUCCUUUCGACAUGUUGGAGAAAAUCUAAAGAGGCUUCGACACCACAUUGACCCAUGAGAUAUUAAAUUUAAAGAGGAGAUAAAGUAAAUAUAUUACAAAUGCACUCAUGAAGUUCUGACCUCACACCUAAUACGUAUGUUCAGUUGACGACUGGAAGGAACUCGCCAAAGAGCUCUCGUCUUAAACUGGUAAGGUUUACAAGUUGUCAUAGUUUGGGUUUCUUUUCAGAAGCAUUGCAUUUUUUUUUUACAUUCCUAUGAAACCACGUGAUUUAUGCAGUACAUGUUUAAAAGCAUAUUAACUUAAGAUAUGUAUUUUAAUAAAUUAAUAACUUGAAAAUCUUUUUUUAUAUCUAUUUUAUAAGUUUAGGAGCACAAACAGGAAAAAUCAUUUUAUGUAGUUACUUGUAAUAUCUGAAGGAUCCAGAAAAAAAAAACAAUAAGUGCACGUUUCACCUUUGGUGUCUUUUUAACAUGGAAUUAUAUCACUGUCUGUCCAGUCUUAUGUGACCUGAAUGGAAGUUACAAUGUAGGUUUUUGUCACUACACACAACUUGUGCCUUUUUUUAGAUUCUGGUUGCUAAAUAAGUAAUCUUUUUACAUGUUAUUGUGAAACACUAUAUAAUGUGAAAUUGGCUUUCAUCUCUUUAGCCAUCAAUAUGGAAGUGAUUGUUGUUUCUUUCUGAUAUUUAUGCAAAAAAAAAAAGUCUGAGAUUUGUGGAACUUUAAGAA